GGAUCUUCGUAUCUGGCCAGUUUCUUGCAGCCUUUGACCCUAUCAUGGCCUCUAAUCUAAAAGUCAUCUUCCUGUUUCUUUGGUCGCUUCGGUACGGAGGGGGACAGGUCAGUGUACAGCAGAGACCUCCAAUCCAGGUUGCGCUGCUCAGGGAAACAAUAUCCAUCCCCUGCGAGGUGACCUUCCCAUACAUCAUGAAAUACACCAAAUUUUCAAUCUGCUAUUACUGGAUUAACUCAGUGGGCAAGAAAACAUUCAUCGAUAGAAAGGUAUUAGACAUACCCAUCCCUCCUGGAGAAGAAAACAAGACCACUACCCGAUCUUACAGUCACAAAACCAUGCCACUUGAAAGCACCUCUUUUACUGGCACGUAUUACUGUGAGGUCAUAUGGGAUGACACUGUGAAAAUGGGAGCGGGAGUAUUUGUCCUUGCCACAGAUGCAGUUUACAUACAGACCUCUUACAGGUGGGAAAUUCUCCUUACAUUUACCACUAUCUUUGCUGCACUGAGCAUCACUGGAACAGGUCUGCUACUGUGGAAAAGAAAGGUGCUGUGUCCUGGAAGGAACCGGCUCCUAAAUAUCUUGGGACACAAUGUGGAAACGCAGCCCCCUUCACCCAACCCUGCACCAGCUACUCCCAUCUAUGACUGCCUGGAUUCUCAGCAAGUUGAUGUCUAUUCAGUUCUUGAGAGCAAGACAGCUGAGCCAUCGUGCAGCAGGAGCACCCCGGCGCAGACACCUAAGAAGCAAGAAACUCCAGAAGAAUCCUGUGAUACAUUGUAUGAGAAUAUCUAACAGGAAAAAAAAACUGACCCUGUGUGGACCAGACAUCUUUCUGUAAGACAGAACUACUCUCUUACAUCCUCAGUUCUCUGCAAAGACCCACAAUGACUGCAGGGCACAGCCCCGGGGACUUCUGAAUCCCUGGCUCCCUCUAAACUGCCCUUCAUUAACAACCGAAUACAGCUGUUCAGAUCCCGCUGGGGCUCAGUCUGUGUUGACACAGCACAGCUAUUUUGCAGCAAAGCCAUUUGAUGGAAAAGAUGUUUUUGUCAAGCAUUCACACGCUGUGACUUAAAAACUGGUGCAUAUGGGAUCUGUGCAGGUUUCUCUCACCUGACCUGGUUGAAAUACUUGAAACCUGAUCAUCUGUAAGUGCUACCGCAGUCCAGAGACCUCCCUGCUUCCUGACCUGUCCUUCCAGUCCUGACCCGCAGCAGUCCAUCUGAUCCUGUGCCCAACGGCUAUUCCUGGCACAGCCAUCAGGGCUUCACACAUAGUUUAACCAAGAUCCAAGUGUCCACCUGCCUGUUUUUCCUUUCCUGGAAUCCCUGUGGUGAAACAUGCUUUCCCAUAAUCUGCUAAUCCCAUCAAGUAGUCACAGAUGCCUGCUGUGAGCAUACCCAGCCGACUCAAAUUGGUGCCUCCGAGUAAAUGCUUUCCCUUAAGCAAUAGCAGCAGUGCGCGGUGAGGAAUGGAUGUAUGAACAGAGAUAAAGCUGCAGAAAAAAAGAAGGCAGAGGAAAUAUCCCUGACUGGGGACAUGUGUCAGUGCCCUUUCCAGAACAAAGUCCUUGGAGGCAGGAGCCCAAGGAAACUCCCUCACUGGGGUUGCAUAAACCAAAUGAUUCUGGGGCCAAG